CAACCAUGUGGCUUGAAACCGACUGACUGUCCACCUGUCAUGUCAGCAACUGCCUGCCCAACUGUCUGUCCACAGCCUGCUCAACUGUGUGCCAACGGUUGUGGGGUCAACUGUCUGCCAAAUGCCUACAACUGUCUUAUAACUGUCUUAAUAACUGUGUACCAAACAGUUGUGUGCCAACUGUCUGCCAACGGUUGUGGGUCAACUGUCUGCUAA